CUAAGUAAACCAGAGCCCGGUGAGCUGGAACGGGCCGGAAUCUGAGGUGCGAGUAGAGCCUGGGGGAGAGUGGAUCCAGGUGAAGAGGGCAGAGGACUGAGAGUUUUCGUCCUCUUGAAUAAGAACUCAACAAUAGAGUGGGAACUUUCUGUCUUGUGAUCGAUUGCCUGGUGAGUCAAAGCUCACACCAUGGAUUUAACCUGAGAGCUUCAACUUCUGCUUUGGUCCUGGAGUUCCCAUGCCCUGCUGUCUUCUACCAGUUCCUAGGCUUUCUGUAUUUGUCUGAAUGCCUACAUGGGAGUGUGCGGCAGGAAAGCGGCGCUGGAGCACAGAGGACACUUGAUCGUGUGGCGCGCAGGGCGGGGGGCCGCCGCUGCCUCCCCACGGGAUGGCUGGCACUGUGCUCGGAGUCGGUGCGGGCGUGUUCAUCUUAGCCCUGCUCUGGGUGGCAGUGCUGCUGCUGUGUGUGCUGCUGUCCAGAGCCUCCGGGAUGGUGAGGUUCUCUGUCAUUUUUUUAUUCUUCGGUGCUGUGAUCAUCACAUCAGUUCUGUUGCUUUUCCCGCGAGCUGGUGAAUUCCCAGCCCCAGAGGUGGAAGUUAAGAUCGUGGAUGACUUUUUCAUUGGCCGCUAUGUCCUGCUGGCUUUCCUUAGCGCCAUCUUCCUUGGAGGCCUCUUCUUGGUUUUACUCCAUCAUGUUCUCGAGCCGAUCUAUGCCAAACCACUGCGCUCCUACUGACCACCCUUCAGGAAAACGAAAACCUGUUCUCUCCUUCAUUGUGAUGACAUUGAUGAGCAGGAAGUCACUAUUCAGAGCCUUGUUUUGACAGCCCUCAUGCCUUAAGGUUAGAGGAGUAUCCGUCCAUCACUAAGACAAAUCUCUUGAGUCCUGGCUUCCAGAAACAGGAUUGCUAAAUUGUCCCUGUGGGGCUAGAUUCUUACCAGCUUAAGAAGGAUAUUGCUAUCUUCUUAGUACCCGUACCUUAGGAUUUCCAACUGUUUUGAAAGGGAAAUAGUAACAGUGAUCUGCUUAGAGUGGAUUUUCACUCAAGUCCUUAGUAAGUGGAUUUUGGGGAAAAGAGCACAUGGGCUUCUGGUUCUUUUUGAUAAUAUAUAAAAUUCUUCUUUAUGAGGUUGCAGUCGUUUGCAAAGGAGAGGCACUCAAAUUUGAAAGGUUAUUUUAAUGUGAUAAUUUGGAAGACUUACUCAGAUGUUGGUCAUGGACCACUCUGCAUAUAUUUCUGCAGAGCUCUAUGAAGGCAAUGAGUGUCACUUCCCUCUGCUCUAAUGAAGCAAUAAAUAAUAGCUAAAGGGCUACUUUCACUUCGAACUCUUGGCCACGGCUUUUUGAAUCAAUUAUCUUUAGAUUUCCUUGGGAUUAGAGGAAAGGUAUGGAAAUACUGUUUUUUGUUUUUUGUCUUGCCAUGUAUCUGUAGGUUUUUUUCUUCCAUGAUGUGGUGGGCUCCGUGUGCCUUAUUUAAUUACUAUGAGUCCAUUUUGGGGUGUCUUCUCUUUUCAUCUUUGUAGCCCUUUCUCCAAAGCUAGUGAGGAAAGUAUAUUCUCAACAUCAGAUAAAGCUCUAUACCUGUCUGAUCUCCCAGACCAAAUGAAAUUUGCAUUAAAUGGAGGGGCUCUGGUCAGGUUCCACUUUGGAAGUCUGAUCCUGACUCCCCAGAGCCAUUUGAAAAAGAAUCUUCUGGCUUAAAAUUAAGAACCAAGAAAACAAGUUGGAAAGAGAUCACUGAUGGAGUACAUGCUCUAUGCCAGUAGCACACUAAUUCCUUUGAGGUUUAAAUUAAUUUUUACAACGGUCUCAUUUUUAUCAUCCCCACUUUAAAGUAGAAAAAAUGGAAGCUUAAAGAGAUCAACUGACUUGCCCAACCUUCACCUAACAGCCAGUGUGCAAACCCAGGUGUGGUAGGCCCCAGGGCUUGUCUCAGAAAGAAAACACACUAGGCUUUGUGGAACUCUGAUUGAGAGCUUGAGGUAGGGUAAGGCCACUGUUCCUUCACUUUCUCUCCUCAAUUCUGUUUUCAGGGUAGAGAAGGUACCCAGUCCUGAAUCCCCAGAGGCAACUAAGCUCUAAAUUCCAAGAAGAGAGAACAGGUACCCAUUGAGAGUCAUGGGCUGGUGAGGGCCAGGUAUAGUUAUCCCUACAUUGAACCAUUUCCUUUAUCUUACUUAGUUUGGAAAAACUUUGCAGAUAAGGCUUUGUACAGAAAACUUCAAAGGAAAUAGUUUCCUAAUCUGGCCUAGGGCACACAGGUAAGAAAAGAAGAAACAUCCUCUAAGCAGAUUGAGGGAGAGAAAAAAGAAUGCUAAGUCUUGAGGGAAUUGAGACAAGCUGGGGGCCUCAUGCUAUUGUGCUACUCUGUGAGUCUCCCUGCAGCCCAAGUGGAAGCUUGGCUCCUGACAAACACAAGCUGCCAAUUGUUACCUUCUUCUGAGAGCCUUGCUAAAAAAGUAACUCUGGGAAAACUCUUAUAGGUUCCUGACCAUAAAUCCAUCUUUUUUAUUCCCCCCAAAAGUUAUUCAACUAUUAGAUCAAUGGAUAAUAACUAUGAGGUUUUGGGUGACUAUUUAGAUGGAAGAAAGUGUAUUAAGGUUGGAAACUAAAUUCUAUCCUUAAUACUACUGUUUUCUAAUUUUUGUUUUUUUGCCUGAUGUAAAUGACAGGCUUAUAUGUUAAACAUUGGCUUUAGGCAAAAAAAAAAAAAAAAAAAAAAAAAUUCUGUGCAAAGUUUAUUUCAGCUUGACUUGACCUACAGUCUACAGACCUGGAGUCUAUAAUUACCAGCUGUGGUGAAAUGAAUGAUAGAUUUCUUUCUACCUGCAUACUCAAUGCAGUUAUGCAAAAAAAGCCCCGCGGGGUUGGGAUAAGACGUAGAAGGCUGAGAGGGCUCAAAAUGAAUUUCACUGAGAGUUUGGCAUGAGAUAACCCUAUAGUCAGUGUCUGUUAUGGUACCCUGUAUGCUCGUGGCCUUCUUGGAGACAGGGCUCAGAGGUCAUUCCUUAAAUACAGACAGAAGUCAUCUUAGUGUUCAGAACCAUUCUGUGAUCAGUGGCCUUAGAACGUGUUCCCUCCUAUACUGUUCCCUACCCAGAGGGGAUCCUGUGGCAGACUGGUGAUCCCCACUGUUUAGAAGGUGGAGAGGGAGAGUAAAUCUGGGUUUCUAUAUAAGAAAAUAGGUUAUUUCGUAGCGUCUUAAAAUUGUAUCCUGACAAAAGCUGAAUUAGCAGGAUACCACCCUAUCCCAGUGGAGAUCACAGUGGGUAAUUUGUUGAUGAGCGCCUUCAAUUUUUCACUUUUAAAAAUGGAAGUAAAGCUACCAUUCUUUGUGUACAAUGUAAAUUUAAUGUAAAACUGCAUCAGAAUUACCAUACCAAUGUCCAGGGACUAGGGAGUACGUAGCCAUUCAUUCUCGCAUCCUGCCAUUCAUUCAGCAUGUAUCAUGUGCCCAUAGGGUGUAAAGCACUAGUCCUGGUGGAGUAAGUCCAUCAGAGAACUAGGCUGUGAGGUGUCUAGACUGUCUUCCUCACUCCAUCCUGAAAGGAGGGCAUCCAAUUUAUUUUUAAAUGUUUUUAUUCUAACACAAAGCAAUCCAUUAUUUGUUCUGUUA